UUUGGUGCGCUCACACCACUGGAGCCACGGUUGGGGAAGAAGCUGAUCGAACCUCUGACCAACUUAAUCCACAGUACCUCUGCCAUGUCUCUGCUGUAUGAAUGUGUCAACACAGUGAUAGCAGUGUUGAUUUCGUUGUCCUCGGGGAUGCCUAACCACAGUGCUAGUAUCCAGCUCUGUGUGCAGAAACUGCGAAUCCUGAUAGAAGAUUCGGACCAGAACUGUGAGCCCUCUGUCAAUGCCUGCAGUGUGUCAUUUUCUCAUUGUCUGCGUGUUUCUGAAUAUGGAACAGUCCACCCUCUUAGACGAAAAGUCCCCCUGACUCUGGAUAACUCGAAACCUUACCAUACUCCCUCCCUAAUUUAGGAGGCCUGCUUAGAACACCACUUCACUUAUGUGAAUACCCCUUUCACAACUAAUCCUCUGCAUGAUACAGAACAUGGGUUUUUCCCAGGCUUCAAUUUGAAAGUGAUAAGAGUUGCCAGUUUGCAGUUUAUUCUCCAACAUAAGGCUUCUAUAAAUACACUCCCACACACACUUCUAGUUGGAGCUGAGAAUACUGCAUUUAGCCAUUCGAGUUAUCUGGACACCCAUAUAUAGAUAGUUCUGUGUGUGAAGUAGAAAAAUAGACAUUUGAUGUUCCUAGAGCAGACUGUGAACCUGUGGUUUCAGCUUUUGGUUAUCCUUUCAGCGCACCUCAUGCUUUAGGUGAACCGCUUUCAAUACUUUGAUACGGUAAUUAUCUAAAAGAUCAGGACAUCUCUGGAUUGUAAAGAUACCAUCAAUCAGUCAAUAAUUGUCUAAAGACAUUUUGUGCAAGCAAAAUAUAUAUCGCCAUCAAGUUUAACUGAGAUAUCUGAAAGAAACACACCUGCAGGAAUAUGCUUAAUGCAUCGAUUAGCAAUACAUUUAUUAUAUUAUCUUUAAUGCAGCAGACAUUAUGCUAUAUGUUAUCUCAGUUUUUAAUGACAAAAAUAGCCCUGUACACAAAUUGACUGACGACAGCAAUUCAGUAAACAUUCUUUGAAAUGUUUAUCAGUUUCCCAUUUCAUUACUCGGUUAGGCCUUCCUCGCUGAGAUAAAGAAUCAGCUGAAGGAACAUCCAGUGUGCUCCUCUCCUCCUCCCCCUGCUGCUGCACUGACUCCCCGGUCACUCCUGCAGUGUUCACUUUC